AGUUGAGCCUGCCAUUAUCCCAAUUUUGAAUUUUUUUUCUUUCGAGUGUCGUUCAAGACUGCCUCAACAUGUUCUCCAAGGAAGAGAUCCCAUCUAAACCCCUCGCAGACCGCGUCGACGAGUCUGAGGAGGACGCCGAGUCGCUCCAGUCACUUCCCUCUGAAAGGUCAUGGACCAAACGAAUAAUUCAAUACAUGACUGCGCUUGCCGUGCUCAUCUUCACAAGCCUCGUCUCCAUGCGUGUCGGAGCCUACCUUGCGACGCGACCGAGUCGCCUUGAUGCUUCUUGCGCGGCUCAUACAACACAAUGGUCACCUGUGCUCCGCGAUAUUGACGUCACGUACUCGACGAAGCACUUCAAUGGGUCUUUUCUGAAGGAGAACAUAUAUCGUCAGAAGGGAUCGCCAGAGGUUGACGCUGCCUGGGAAGCCUUGGGCGUUGACUAUCGCGCCGGUGUCAUCUCCAUUGAGGAUGGCCUCGCCAGCGGACUCGACAUGUCCUUUGUCCAGCGCAACCCCAAAUACGGCGCUGGCUUCUUUGUCAAUGUCGAGGGAAUGCAUCACCUCCAUUGUCUGAACCUGGUGCGAAAGUCACUUUUCUUCAAUUACGACUACUACAAGGCUCUUGGUGAGCACGCUUUCGAGAACAACGACAAGAUCUUGAGCCAUCACGUCACCCACUGCCUUGAUAUGAUCCGUCAGGUCUUGAUGUGCAACGUCGACACUGGCGUCCUCGGGCAGGUCUGGGCAAAUCAGGACGAGCCGGCCGCUUUCCCAGAUUUCAAUACACGACAUCAAUGCAAGAACUACGAAGACGUUCAAGAGUGGGCUAAUAAGCUUCAGGCACCGCCUGCUGAGACCGUUCCCGAGGACUACUUGGAGCCGCCUAGACAUGGCGACGUCAUCCCCGGUACCCCAUGAACCAUGUAGAGGGACCGGAGACGGAAAACUGUACCAGACAUGCGAGAUUGACUAUAUAUGUAAUGGUAAUGUAUGAAAAGUAAUAAUAGGUGCGUCGUGGUUGACCCGAGUGAUCGGAUCGUACUUGUAUCUGACAGGUAUGCAGACUCAAUAGCAAGCAUUAUUCAGUGCUCAGACCCAUGCCUAAUUCC